AUUAAUACUUUUGGUGUUUUGAACAUUCAAAAUUAUUUCUUCGCAAAGUUACUGAUUAAUUAAAUUUUUUUGGAAUGAUAAGUUUAUAAAUUAUAUACUUGAAUUAAUUUAUUAAGUGAAUCACUUAGUUAAGAUCUCUUAAAAUGGAAAACGCAAAUAUCGGCCAACGUUCAUCUUCCUACAGUCAAGAAUCAUCUGAACCGAAACACUGUUGGGUUUGUUUUGGUACUGAUGAAGAUGAUUAUGAAAGUAACAGAGAUUGGGUGUCACCAUGUAAAUGUCGCGGUUCUACACGAUGGGUUCAUCAGAACUGUGUUCAACGUUGGGUCGAUGAAAAAUUGAAAGAAAAUCUUAGUGUUAAAGCUCAUUGCCCUCAAUGCCAUACACAAUAUAUUAUUGUAUAUGAUGAAGUCAAUUACUUUGUUCGCAUGUUAAACAAACUUGAUAAAACAGCUAAUCAGCUAUGUCCUUUUUUGGCAGCUGGUGUUGUCGUCAGUACUCUUUAUUGGUCUGCAGCUUCAUAUGGAGCAAUAACCAUGAUGCAGGUAAUGGGUGAAAGAGAAGCUAUAACAAUGAUGGAGAAUACAGAUUCAUAUAUGUUGCUCUUGGUAUUACCAUCAAUACCACUCAGUCUAAUUUUAUGCAAAACUAUCAAUUGGGAAGAAACCUUACUGUUAUUUGUACAAAGAUUUACUUCACAACUACCCUUAUUAAGAACCAUUAUGCCUUCAUUUUUGUGUGAACCUGUUAAUAGUUCAACUAGUACAGUCCAAUUCAAUUCAGUCGUUAAUCCAACAACUACUCUUUGCGCAGCACUUUUAUUGCCAACUACUGCCACCGUUGUUGGAAAUUUAUUAUUUGACAAUAGUUCAUAUUCAUACUUACAAAAAACAAUAUUGGGAGGGCUUGUAUAUAUUGCAGUAAAAGGUGUAUUCAGAAUAUAUCAAAGACAACACAAUGUUAUUAAAGAAAGAACACGUAAAGUCAUUGACUAUCCUGAAACUGAUGCUGAAGAAAAUACUUAAAAUCUGUACCAUAAUCUAAUACUUGUUAACAUCACCUGAAGAAUUUUAAUAUCUUAAUACAAUAAUCAUAAUAAAACAUCUUAAUAUUGUAUAUAAAUAUGUAAACAUAUUAUUAAAAAAAAAAUUAAUUAUA